AUGCGAUCUCUCAACUUGUUGCUCUGGGCACUGUCCUCCACGAGUGCAUUCGCGGCACAAGGCCCUUGGGACCUAGGUAAGGGCUUCCAGCUAGCCGUGGAUGAUACUGCCAACCGGGUGUCUCUCACACAGAACGGUCGGAGAAUCUGGGAGACUGUGCCUGGCCAGAACUUUAUCAGUGCCAGUGGCGGCGAGGAUAUCGUCACUGCAGCCAAUGGAAAUUUCAAGAUCGAGGAGGUCGACUACCAUAAAUGCACUGGCCAGGAGAUCACAAGCGUCGCACAACGAUCAUGGAAUGGGACCGUGAACGGCCAUGCUGCUGUCAUACAGGGAAAUCUCACAGACUGCGGCGAUGCAACUGUUCCGUUCUCUGUUGCAUUCUGGGUGCCAUCUCAGUUCCCAGAUCGCAUUGCAUUCAAUGCGCAGGUCAACGGCGGCUCUUCGUCGGAUGCAGCCACGAAGCUGUUUCUCACCUACGGCUCUUCAGUCUCUGAGGACUUUUACGGACUUGGAGGCCAGGCUUCGUUUGCGUCAUUGAAGAACCAGUCUGUGCCUAUCUUCUCUCGCGAGCAGGGCGUUGGUCGGGGAGACCAGCCUACCACUGACCUGAAUAGCGAGGAUGGCUUCUUCGCGGGGGGAGACCACUUUACUACCUAUUCGGCCAUUCCUCAGUAUAUUAGUUCACAUUCGCGAGUAUUCUUCCUUACUGAGCAGAGUACUGCCUAUACGACAUUCGACUUCACCGAGGCCAACGCGGUCACGGUCCGUUAUGACGCCCCGUCUGUUGACGGCUACCUGAUGCAGGCAGAGAGCAUGCUUGACGGAAUUACCAUGGUCACAGAAUAUACUGGAAAGAUGCCCGAGUUGCCUCAGUGGGUCGACAGUGGUGCAGUUGUCGGGAUACAAGGUGGACAGGACAAGGUCAACAAGGUCGUCGAGCGAGGACUCAGCCAGGGAUGUCCCAUUGCGGGUGUCUGGCUCCAGGACUGGUCCGGCACCCACGAGCAGAGCGUCUCGUACAUGAGUUUGAACGUCUCUCGCCUGUGGUGGAACUGGGAGAACGACGCCAAACUGUAUCCCACCUGGAACGACUUCGUGCAGUCCCUGCGAGACCGCCACAACAUUCGCACGCUGUCAUAUAUCAACCCGUUCAUUGCAAACGUGAGCACCAAGUCCGACGGAUACCGAAGCAACCUCUACCUCGAGGCAACAAAAGGCGGGUACAUGAUCCAGAACACCACCACCAACGGCACGUCCGUGAUCUCCAGCGGCCCUGGUCUCGACGCUGGCAUCAUCGAUCUCACCAACUCCGCCGGACGAUCCUGGUUCAGAAACAUGAUGCUCGACCAGGUCUGGAACGCCAACAUCUCCGGCUUCAUGACCGACUUUGGCGAGUACACCCCCGUGUACCCCGACACUCGAUUCGCAGACAAGAGCAUCGACCCCUUCUUCUACCACAACGCCUAUCCCCGCGAAUGGGCAGCCCUCCACCACUGGAUCGGCAAAGGCGUGCCCCAAUUCAAAGACUCGAUCCUCUUCCACCGCUCCUCGUCCAUGUCCGCAAACCGCUACCAGAACCUGUACUGGGCCGGCGACCAGGCCAUAAACUGGGGCGUAAACGACGGCAUCAAGUCCUCCGUCACUGUAAUGGCACAUAUGGGUCUAUCGGGGUACGCCCACGGCCACACCGAGAUCGGCGGAUACACCACAACUUGGGACAGUAAUGGCGUCGUCAACCGCACCGCUGAACUCCUCGGCCGCUGGGGCGAGCUCGCUGCCGUGUCUAGCUCUGUCUUCCGCAGCCACGAGGGGAACGUCCCCCAGGUCAAUGCGCAGUCGUACACCAACUCCUCGACCUAUGCUUACUUUGCCUACAAUGCGCGCAUGUUUGCUAGUCUGGGAAAGUACCGCCGUGCUAUUCUCGAUACCGAGAGUAAGAAGCUCGGCUGGCCGGUCCUGCGUAUGCCGGCCAUCUACUACCCGGAUGAUCCCAACGCCAAGGAAAUCAGCUAUCAGAGUUUCUUCCUCGGUGCGGACCUUUAUGUUGCGCCGGUUCUUGACCCUGGUUGUAUGAGUGUGGAUGUUUAUUUCCCUGGUCAGGGUCAGAUGUAUACGCAUGUUUGGUCUGGGAGGGUUUACCGCGGUGGGAAGACGGUGAAGGUUGCGGCGCCGUAUGGCAAGCCUGCUGUUUUUGUGGUUGGGAGGCCGCAGCAUGAUCUCCUGCAUGACUUUAUGCAGUUUGUGAAGAAGGAGAAUGGGACUGUCAUUCGUGUCUAG